AUGGACGGCCACGGCGCCGUCGCCGCCGCGAGCGCGGAAGGCCGCGGAGGCCGCGGCGCGACGCACUUCCGAUGCCAAGGCUGCAUGGCGACGCUCGACGUCUCCGGCGCGUCCGACGUCGAGAACGACGACCCGGGCGCGUCGACGGGGGAUCUGACGACGACGACGACGACGACGAAGGGCGAGGGCGCCGCGUCCGACGCCGCGUCCACUCGGCGCGUGGACGAGUCGUUCGUCGUCCUCGCAGAGGACCGCGACCGCGCGCGCGGCGCCGCCGCCGCGGACGCGAUGACGUCGUCGUCGUCGUCGUCGUCGUCGUCGUCGCACCCCGCGGCCGCCCCGCCGGCGUCGAUGGCGGAGUCCUUCGUCGUCCUCGCCGAGCACGCGCGUCGCUCGACCGGGGACGCGGACCGCGCCGGCCUCAACGCGCGGUUCGCCGCCAUGUCGAAGAUCUCCGACAUGGCGUCCGACCCAUCGCGCGCGCGCGUCCCGAUCUGCGUCGAGUGCGCGGCGAGGACGCGCGAGGAGAUGGACGCGCGCGCGCGAGCGCUGGAGGAAGAGUGCGACGCGUACGAGCGAUGUUUAAAAGAACUCGACGCCGCCGACGCCGCCGCGACGUGGCGGCCCGACGACGUCGCCGCCGCAAACGGCGUCGGCAACGCGUCCGCGACGUCCGCGACGACGACGACGGCGGCGUCCGAGGAGGACGUGGAGAAGGAAGCCGCGCGGCUCGAGGCGGAGGCGCGCGACGCGAUCGCGGCGGCGGCGGCGGCGCGAGACGAGCUCGCGCGCCUCCGCGCGACGCGAGACGCCUUGACGCGCGAACACGCGGCGUUGGACGACGAAGAGCGCGCGUACUGGCACGAGCACAACGCGUUCAAGCGCGAGCUCGCCGCGCACGUGAACGCGAGAGACGCGCUGACGGUGAACAUCGAGCAGACGACGCGACAGCUGGCGCGGUUGCGUCGCGUCAACGUGUUAAACGACGCGUUUCGGGUCUGGCACGACGGUCCUUUCGGCACCGUGAACGGGUUCAGACUCGGUAAGCUGCCGAGCAUACCCGUGGAGUGGGACGAGAUAAACGCGGGGUUCGGGAUGGCGUGCUCGCUUCUGCACACGAUCGCGCGGCUGCGAAGGGUGAAGUUCACGGCGUACACGUUGCGACCCGUCGGCUCGUUUUCGAAAGUCGAAGACGCGAAGGGGCACGCGUACGAGCUGUACGGUCCGGUGAACAUUCUCUCCUCGCACCGGUACGACAAGGCCAUGGUCGGGUUCAUAACGUGCCUGAAAGAGUUCGCGGCGCACUGCGCGGAGUGCGACGUGAGGAACGGCGUGACGCCGCCGUUCGAGCUGCCCUACACCAUAGGCGCGUCGGUCCCUCGCUUUCAAUCCCCGCCCUCGACACACCUCGACGCCUUUCAACUCCUCCACCUGACGCCUUUCAACUCCACCCCGCGCGCCGCAGACGGAGACAAGGUGCACGGGAUGAAGAUCGGGUUCCCGUUCAACAGGUACGAGCGGUGGACGAUGGCGCUGAAGCUGAUGCUGACGGACCUCAAGACGUGCCUCGCGUGGGUCGUGAAUUCGGAGGACGGCGGCGGCGGCGGCGGCGGCGGGCGGCGCGAGAGGGGCGGGGAGGAGGGGGGUAGAGCGUAG